AUGGCUGAAAUCAGCAUUGAUCAGUCCAAGCUACCUGGCGUCAAGGAAGUGUGCCGAGACUUCGCCGUGCUGGAGGAUCACACCCUCGCUCACAGUCUGCAGGAGCAGGAGAUUGAACAUCACUUGGCAACAAACGUUCAGCGCAACCGCCUGGUGCAACAUGACCUGCAGGUGGCCAAGCAGCUGCAGGAAGAGGAGGAUCUGAAAGCACGGGCCCAAAUCCAGAAGCGCUACAAAGACAUAGAACGGCAGGACUGCGAGAUCGCUCAGGAAAUUCAGGUGAAAUUGGUGAUUGAAGCAGAACAACGGCGCAGACAAGAGGAGAAAGACGAGGACAUUGCCCGCAUCCUACAGCAGAAGGAACUGCAGGAAGAAAAGAAAAGUAAAAAGCACUACCCAGAACCCCAGGGACACACCGCUCAUGAGGACAGUUACUACCCAGAGAACGGAGACCACCUGAGGGGUAGCUCCAGGGAGCAGGUUUCUGAGUACUCGAGGCCCCGCAGAGCCCGGAGUGGUGACAGGCACGCGCGUGAGCGGAGAGAACCCCAAAGAGCCUCCCUGGCUCUUUCUGAUAAUGCUACUGAACGCGAGUACCCCGCCGCCAAGGAGUCUCAGAGCUCUCCUCUGCUGAGCAAGACCAGGGACGGCAACCAACGCAGCAGGGAGCGGCGGAAACCAGCCAGCCGGGAGAGGCCUCGGAGACCUCCCAGCCUUGACCUGGACAGAACAGCUGACUAUGAGCCCUGGGACCGCAGCAGCAGCUUGGAAAGGAAGCCACUGAGCCGUGAGAAAUCCAGGAGACCUCCCAGCCUUGAUCUGGACAGACCAGUUGAAUGCAAGGCCUGGGAUCACAGCAGCAGCUGGGAGCGGCAGGAAAGGAAACCAACUAGCCAGGAGAGGCCUCUGAGACCUCCCAGCCUUGAUCUGGGCACAGAGAUGGGAUGUGCCACCUGGGAGCAAAAAGAAAGAAGGCCAUUGAGCCAGGAAAGGCCUCGGAGGCCUCCUGCUCUUCAACUGGACCUGGAGACUGACCAGGCAGCCUGGGGCCACAGCAAAAGCCAGCAGCAGAGAGACAGGAAGCCACUGAGCAAGGAGAGAGCGAGGCGACCUCCCAGUCUUGAUCUGGAGGCAGCUCAGGACCACAGCAGCAGCUGGUUAUCAAACCCAGAAAACCACAGGUCCCACCGCCAAGACCGCAUGUCCCCCAGGGGGUCUUGUGAAGUGAGGCUCCGUGAUGCAGAGGAAUUGCACAGGCAAGAUCACAGGAGGGGUGAGGAGAGCGAUUAUAAAAGAGCAGGACACGGGCCAAGAACGUCUCCCUCCCCCCAUGCUGAGAACUGGGAAAAGGACAGAGACCGCCAUCGAGACCCAGGAUUGAAGUCGAGGGGGACAAAAGAAGCUGUUUAUGCCAAACCCCGAGUGGCCCGUAGGGACCUGGAGCUAUAUGAUGCAGAGAUCGCUAGGAAACUGCAAGAGGAAGAGCUUCUGGCCAACCAGGUUGAUAAGAGGGCAGCGCAAGUAGCCCAGGAUGAGGAGAUAGCUCGCCUGUUGAUGGCGGAGGAAAAGAAGGCUUAUAAGAAAACGAAGGACCGAGAGAAGUCCUCUCUUGAAAAGAAAAGGCAGGACCAAGACUGGAAGCGUGACACAAGCGAAUCCGCGCAUCCAAGGUCAAGAGAAAGGCUUGAACCUCAGAGACCCAAGAGUGACAAACCGGCACGGCCGCCGCCGCCUCCAGUCACAGAACUGGACGACUUCGAUCACAGUCGUGGUUUUACAAGCCAGCCUAGCUCCGUGCGUCAGUUUUCUAAACCUGAGUCUUCUCCAAAAGGUUUCCAUUACAAGCAGUAA